GCGUAGGCACCGGUAUACCCGUGUAGAUCUGCUUUGUUGAGUAUAUCGAAGCCCGUAACAUAGGAUUCGUAGUCCGGUCAGAAUAGCUUCAGGCAAUUAAGAUUAAAUUGUCCCCUCUUGGCAGGGGUCCUUUCUGAAUUAGGCUGCGAGCUUAUCCCAGGUAGCUGUAGUUAUCGCCGAGCACGCAAUCUACCUACCCAGAUAGGUUGGUAUUGUACCGAGUAUUAAUUACCCGAAUAACAGGUUGACUCUUCUCGACGUCUGUGUUGAUUAAUUGAGUAUUUCUCGCGGUUCAUCAUAUCUAGAUGUUGGAGCUUGAGUCUCUACCAUGAAGAGCGAUGGAUCAAGUCAUCUUCAGAGACUAUGGUUGGGAUGCGGUUCCUUUCCGCUCCCAAUCUCUCUUUACUUCGAAGAGCGCCUAUGAAAAGAAUACUAUUUCGAACCUUCAAUGGGUUCACAGCUUUUCUGAUUUUGCCAAAGCUGGCUACCUACAACUUACUAUCACGGUUGCGUCCUUCUUUAUCAUUAUCAGAUAUUUACUUCACCGCCCCUACUCUAAGGUUUCUAAACCUGAAGGGAAUAUCCAAGGAAUAUCAUUACCGUUUGAGUUAUCCGGCCAGAUCUUUCGGGCUGCUUCUUUGGCCUUUGCGAUUGUUGCUGCUACCCAGAAUGCAGGCCGGUGGGCUGAUGUUACCGCCUUGGCCUAUGCCUUCAUUCUUGGAAUCUUGCGACUGAUCAAUGAUUUAGAGUGGAGACAUGUUGCCCUCCAUCACGUUAAUACCGUCCUUACUGGGUCUCUAUUCAUCCUUGCUGUAGAGGAACUUCUUCCGUAUAUCGAUACGGAUUUCUCUAGGAGCAUGAGUCCAAUAGUAAUCUGUAGUGUAUCAACUUUGACUGCUGCUGUUUUGGUAGCUCUUGUUACACCAAGAGAAUGGAUACCGCCAUCGUUGAGUCUCGAUUUCUACGAGGAAAUACCAAUUAAAGAACCCUCUCCCGAAGAGACCUGCAGUUGGUUGGAGUACUUCGUAACGUACGAAUGGCUUACGCCUCUAAUGAUCAGGGGUUUGCGUCGACAGGUGACUCUAGAUGAGCUUCCUGCACUCCCGUGGUAUGACGACCCGGAGCUUCUCCUUUCUAGGAUUAAGGAGGCACGCCGGAAAGGCAAGUCCACGCUCUGGACGCUGGCAUACUUCCUACCUAAGGAAAUUGCUGCUAUGAGCACCUGGGUUGCCUUCGCUUUCCUCUUCGAACUAAUAGCACCGUACGCUAUGUAUAAACUGCUUGGCUUCCUAACUAACCCCGAGAAGUCUCCAUUUCGACCCUGGGUUUGGCUGAUACUCCUAUUUAUCGGUCCAUUGUCGCGUUCUGUGUGCUAUCAACAAUACAUAUUCACUUCAACUCGUUUAGUUGUACGUGUCAGAACUGCAUUGACGCAAGAGUUAUACUAUAAAGCAAUGGACUCGAUGGAAUUAGACGACGAUGUGUUCGCUGAGAUUGCUACCGUGGGCAAAGGUGAAACAAUUAAGCAGGGUACUACUUCGACAGGACGUUUGGCAAACCUCAUGGGUGCUGAUAUAGAAUCCAUUAUAAGAGCUCGAGACAUCGUCCUCGUAGCCUGCGGAGUAUCGGUUGGAUCAAUCGUAGCUCUCUGGGGUCUGUAUAAAUUGUUAGACUGGUCAGCCCUCGUUGGCAUUGUUGUAAUGAUACUUCUUUCACCGUUUCCGAUUCUGAUCGGUCGGCGUAUGGUAGGUAUCCAACAUGACAUGAAGAGAAUACAAGACUCGAGAAUUUCAGCCAUUUCAGAGUACCUUGCCUCAAUUAGAGCGAUUAAGUAUUUCUCUUGGGAAGACGCUAUUAUCAACCGAGUCAACGAGAUUAGGCUCGGUGAACAAAAGAAGAUAUGGUCCCUAAAUAUCCUUUAUAUCGCCCUAAAUCAGCUUACUGAAGCUAUCCCCAACCUGUCACUGGUUCUCAUAUUUGCCUUGCAGGUACUAGCACGCAAAGAGCCCCUGACGGCAGAUGUCGCCUUCACAGCAAUAACAUUGGUCCGGACGCUGCGCCGAAACCUGUCGCAGGCAUCUCAAAUGUCACGAGGCAUCACCGCUGCGAGUGUCUCUAUCAAACGUCUAGACCGUUACUUCAAUAACACCACACCCUUGCGUUAUCAUCCAGUCGGCCCACUUCAUAUCAGUAAUGCUACUUUCAGGCGCAAUAAGAACGCAUCGUUUGCCUUGAAAGAUAUCUCGAUCGAUUUCGUCGAAGGUGGGUUAAAUGUAGUAACGGGCCCGAGCGGAAGUGGGAAGUCAACACUCCUCAUGUCGAUCCUGGGCGAGACCAUUCUUGAGAGCGGUGAAAUCACAUGCCCUAAGGAUAUCGCCUACGCGUCUCAGAGUCCUUGGUUGCAAAACGAGACGAUUCGCGAGAACAUUCUCUUCAACAGCCCCUUCGAACAGGUACGAUAUGACCGGGUGAUAAACGCCUGUGGCCUUCCGAUCGACUUUAACGAGUUCCCGGAACGAGACGGUACUGAAGUCGGCGAGAACGGGGCCUCUCUAUCCGGAGGUCAAAAGUCCCGAGUUGCUCUCGCACGAGCACUUUACUCGAAGGCCUCCGUAAUCCUACUAGAUGACGUAUUUUCUGCUUUGGAUUCUAAGACGUCGGCGUUGUUGUGGGAGGAAGCGUUUUGCGGAGAUCUACUCAAAGGGAGAACUACUGUACUUGUUACCCAAAUGCCAUGGAUCACGCCUCAGGCGGACCUCUCAAUAACUCUAGAAAAUGGCUUGGUCAAGAAUAUUGAACAGAAUCUCGGCGUCGUUCGGAAAUCCGUGACACUAAAUUCAACGGCUCUCGAUGAUGGCAAUGUUGACGUGACCGCGGAAACGGCUGCUUCUAACGUUGCCGAGGGCAACGGCGCAACUACUAAUGGAAAGAAGCCUAAUGGCGACAUAAAGAGCUCUCAAGAUAGAAACCGGGAUGAAGUAACGCAGGAGGCUUUGAAGACUGGACAGACAGCUCGUCUACAAUUCUUCCAAUAUAUGCGGCUCUUUGGAAACCCUUUUUAUGCUAUACUUGCCAUCAUAAUGAGUACCCUUUCUACUGCCACGUUUGUGGGAACGGGACUGUGGAUUGCAGUCUGGGUUGACGCGUACGGGAGAGAUGACGCAUACGAUAUUGGAUUCUACCUUGGAAUAUAUGCGUUAUGGAGUCUUGCAGACGUCAUUUUCAAUGGGUUAACCUACAUCGCAUAUGAGAACGGCGGUUGGUAUGCUGCGCGGUCACUACACUCUACAUUUAUAAAAGCUGUGAUGAGUGUUCCCCUCUCCUGGUACAAGGCAACGCCUGUUGGUCGAGUUGUCAACCGGUUCUCGCGGGACAUGGACUCCAUCGAUACAACGUUGGCUGGUAUGCUCCGACUAUGUGUCGAGAUGGUCACACGGCUCGGGUUCCAAAUUGCAGCCGUCGGUUCCGUGCUUCCCAUCUUCAUGUUACCCGCCGCCGCCUGUUGCGCCGUUGGGAUUGCCGCGGGAGAAAUGUACACGAGAACUUCUGUAGCGAUCAAGCGGCUGGUAGCAUCUUCACAGUCGCCUCUGUUCGCUCAGUUUGCUGAUAGUCUAGCUGGUCUCGCCGUGAUCCGCGCUCGCGUAAAUAUGCCCCAAAUCUUCGGUGAUCAACUAGCAGACAAGUUACGGGUGUUCGAGAAGGCCUGCGAAGCCCAGUACAAUUGUAACCGAUGGGUGGCGCUUAAGGUCGAUAUGGCUACCACCCUGGUCACAGUCGCCGCGGGUGCUAUUGCUGUAUCCCAAGCAGGUCUUGUAGCAGCUGGACUUGUCGGGUUUUCGUUAACAAACGCGACGACGCUCAGCCAGCUUAUCAUAUUCCUUGUGAGGUCAAGUAAUGAGCUGGAAAUCGAGUUACAGAGUUUCCAUCGGGUUCGAGAAUAUGCUGCUGUCAAACCCGAGGAGAACCCGGAUGAGUACAAAAGCGUUGGCGAACACUCUGACAAUCCCGAAUCCGUCUUGCCUGAGAACUGGCCGACAAGCGGACAGGUCGAGUUCCGUAAUGUAACUAUCAAAUACGAUGUAGAUGGGCCGGAAAUCUUGAAGAACAUUAACCUCAAAUUUGCCGCCGGCGAGAGAGUUGCCGUCGUCGGACGUACUGGGUCUGGAAAGAGCACCUUGGUUUUAUCUUUGCUGCGUUUCACGAAUAUUGUUUCGGGGCAAAUACUCUUCGACGGUGUGGAUAUCACCAAGUUUCCACGCAGGAAGCUCCGAGAAGCACUUACGAUUAUCCCUCAAGAAGCAGUCCUGUUUAACGGAGACGUGCGAUCCAAUCUAAACCCAACAGGAAAGAUUCCCCCAGAGACGCUGGAGAAAGCCCUCCAGUACUGUAGCGGGAUCGCUUCUUUCCAGUUCCAUCAGAACGGAGAACAAGCACAAAACGGCAAUGGUCGUUCUAACGGGCUAAACGGUGCCUACUCCGACGACGUGCCGAGUGAUAUAGGAAUCACUCUUUCGACACCAGUGAAGCCUAAAGGAGAGAAUUUCUCUCACGGCCAACGACAGGUACUCUCGCUCUGUAGGGCUUUGGUACGCAAAAGCAAGUUGCUGCUAUUAGAUGAGGCGACUGCAAGCAUGGACUACGAGACCGAUCAAGGGAUCCAAGAAGUCCUAAGGAAAGAACUGAAUGAGCACGGGAGGGAUAGGACGCUAGUCACCAUCGCACAUCGCCUGAAGACAAUCAUUGACUACGAUCGCGUGGUAGUUAUGAGUGCCGGCACAGCCGUAGAGGUCGGAAGCCCAAAAGAGCUCUAUGAGGCCAAGGGACAAUUUUACGAUAUGAUGAAGCAUAGUGGGGAGUUUGAGGAUCUAGAGAAGUUCCUUACCGCCAAGGACUAGGACGGUUUCUUUUUUCGGGUCAACACAGAAUAUAGAGAUGGACGUAUAUAAAUUUGAAUAGCUCCAAUGCCGAUAGAUAAAGAGUAUUAAAUACAAGUUCAGGGUAUCAAUGUUAUCUACCUAGUUACCCCUUUAAUUCCUAGUUAUAGGAUAAUGUUUUAACUAUAGGAUAACUUCGGGUGAUUAGGUGAAGUCGAAGUGUGGCAACAUGGGCUUCCGCGCUUAACAAAGGAUUUGUAUAAUUAAAAAAAGCUGCUCUCUUCCGAUCUGGUCUGCUGUCGGUUUGAUUUACGCCGG